AUGGAGGACUUUUGUAUGUCUUUUAAUGCCGUCCCAAUAGGCGUUAACCUUAGGUGGGGUUCGGGUACUGGUUAGGGGUCGGGUCUACGUGUUCUGCAUUCUCGAAUUGUCCCCUCACUAUAGCUACUGUGGAUUUUCAGUAUACAACUAUCCUUACCCAACGCGUCUAUGUGUCCGGCAAUCUCCAAUACAAAUCAACCUGUGAGGUUUCAGUAUGUGGCUUUCGUCACUCAAUGCGUCUAUGUGUCCGGCAGUCGCAAACGUCACUCAACCCAUUAUGUUCAAUAUGC